CGCAACCCGUGCAACCGCCAUUUCCACUCCCUCACGCCAUCACACAUUCUCGGUGCGCACACAACCACUCGACCACAUCGGUCCAUCCGUCGACCAGAGUCCAGCCAGGUCUCAAUCCAGGCACGCCCAGAGUAUCAAGGAAUACCCAUCUGCAUCGCUGCUGUCUGCUUCCGCAUUUGCCCGCGGCCCCCUUUCGAGUGUCUUGUCAGCUAUCUGGCUGGAACCUGGACUUUGCAGCUAUCUGAUCUUUCUUCAGCGACACAUCACAUUUCUCGGUUCUUCUGUCCAUCCGAACCUACCUAUGCACCAGUUGGACCGCUCGUUUCUCUUGCCCGUCUGUUGCUUGUCUUUCGAAACCGCCUCCCUCCGAAACCCACAGUGAAAAAGACAGCCAUUGCACCGCGUCGGCUUGUGAUCCUGCAUCUGCGCCAGUUGGGUGACCUUUUGCUUGCGUGGGCCUCCCUCGCCGUUGGGCCAAGCAAUCUCACCGUGGAGCCGGUCGAGUUUGCCACGCGCCCGCCGCGCUCCGCAUCUCCAACCACUACCACUUCCGGAAAACAGUAGCGUCGGGUAACUUUUUCUGUUACUAUCUAACCCGGCAGCCCAAGGCUCACUCACCUGGCGCGUUGGUCGCCUCGCGAAACCGCGGCAAUGGCGGCAAUUGUGGCAAUCGCUGAGCUGGCUCGGGGGCUUCUCAGUUCAGACUCGAGCUUUGUGAGCGCCGUGAGCGCGCCUACCGAUGCGUCCAUCGAUGCGUCUUCAAAUGCGCCGGCGUCGUUGACCUCGACACCGCCAACCACGGUCUCGCCGGAUAACAUGUCGCAGAUCUCUGAUGCAGAUGUUAGUGGCAAACCAGAUAUCGUUUCCGUACCCAGUCUAGAGAGUGCCAUCCCUUUGCUAGAGAACGAACAGCAAAACCAAGCUCGCCAACAGUUGCAACAAGAACAACAAGGGGCUGGCCAGGGGAUAACAGAGCCCCAACCAGACGCCAUUGUUGUGGUUCCCCAACCGCCUGCGGACCCCUCAUUGCCCGCUCAAGAGCCUGUCCCCGACACAACAGGUCGAUUUCCGCGCCGUGCACGAGGCAACAACGCCCCAGUAUACAACCUCGCGAGAUUGACCGGCACCUAUGUGCAUGGCAAACGCGCCUCGAAAGGUGACAUUGUCCUCCAGAAGAAGCGGAAACCGAAAGGUAGAAAACUACAGGCUCUACUGGCCCAACAGGCUCUCGAAGCUGAGCAGGCCGCUCAACUGGCCGCUCAGGGCGGAACUCCAGCAAACCCUGCCGCGGACGUACCAUCCAUUCAACCAGCAACCCAGGAAACCGACAAGCCCGAUUCGAACGCGCCCGCCGACACGCUCACCAUCCCGCCCGUCCACGCGCCCGCAGCCCCCGAGCCCACAUUUCCCGAAUCCGCAGCUAGUCCCGACAAAAAUGGCGCCGCUGAAGCAGCCGACGCCCCAGCCGAGGAAAAUCGCGUGGAUCAUGAGAGUCUCGACGCGUCGGUGCAUGAAGCGCCGCUUGAACUUUCCACAAACACGGCCGAACUGAGCUCGACGACAAAAGCCGAUACCGCACAAGACAUAAACCUCGACCCCUGCGGCGCGCUGAUUCCCGCCCUGCCAGUCGAUGUUCCCGACCAUAUCCCCGCGAUCGCACCGAGCGCAACCAGAAAGCCUGACACAAGGGGAGCCAAGGCAACCGAGAAGGACGUAGUCAAGAGGCCCGUCGGGAGACCCAAGAAACACACGGUGACAAACAUAGGCAAAGCAGCCAGGACAGCCCUCGUCGAAACAGCCGAGCCGGCCACUGCCGAAAAAGUUGGGACGAACACUAUCGGUGAAGCCGUAACAAGCUCCCCCAAGGAAGCCGUACCCAAUGUCGAGAAGGAAGCUGAACGCGGCAUCGAAAAAGAAGCGGAACCAAGCGGCACCGAAGAUAUACAAACAGGUGCAUGGGAAGAUGUUCCAGCAGAAACAACUGGGGAUGUACACACGAGCACAGCCAGCCAAGUAAAAGCAGUCAAAGCGAAGGGUACCAAAACAACGAGAGGCAAGGCAACGAAAGCUGAAACGAUCAAAGCUUCGGCUGUAGUCCCUGCUACGCGCAGAGCGACGCGUCAUUCGGGCGUGCCCGUUGAAGACCCUAUCUUGCCAUUGAUCACACCGGCAUCGGGCAAGAAAGCCAAGACAGCUGAGCCUGCUCUAUCUCGUGUCCCACGCGAACUAAAACGCUUGCGAGAUACUAACGAAUUCGUUGGUAUCGACACGCGUCCUAUUCGAUACUCUGUAUGGAGCAACGGAAAGUAUGUCAACGUAACUGAGGAGAAGGAGCCCACUGCACCAGCAAAGAAGAAGGCCAAGGUCGACAGCAGCACAGCUACAGUGCGCGAAGAUAGGAAGGAUAAGACGGUGGAACCAGAGGCUCCGACGAACACCGACUCUUCUCGUCCAGCUGUCAAGCAAAAGCGCGUCAAGAAGUGGCUUAACAAGGGUCUCUACGCUGGCCAGCAAGCGCCCGAGGACGUUACCAAAAGCCUCACUACGCAGGAGAGGAAGAGGCUCUUGAAUAUCCCAGAACUCGCGAAGAGUGGCCCACCGAACAAAGUCCUUCCACUGCCAAUCUUCAAUGGAUUGCGGCUGCUCAUCGCAGGUCGUGAUUUCAAGCUGCCGUUUGAUGUCUGCCACCCAUUGCCUCCCGGACAGCCCAAGCCCGCCGCAUACCGCACCAUGACAAAAAACCGUUUUAUUGGCCAGGCCGCGGCGAUAUGGAAGAAGACCCCUCACUUCGAGGAUUUUGCGUCCAAGUGUGUAUGUACGCCUGAAGACGGAUGCGCACAAGACUGCCAGAAUCGUGUUAUGCUGUACGAGUGCGAUGAUACCAACUGCAACGUCGGCAAGGAGUUCUGCCAGAACCGGGCUUUCCAGAUGCUCACGGAAAGAACCAAGAAAGGAGGUCGUUACCGCAUAGGUGUUGAGGUCUUCAAGACCGAAGACAGAGGAUAUGGUGUGCGUAGCAACCGCUGCUUUGAACCCCAUCAGAUCAUUAUGGAGUACACGGGCGAGAUCAUCACCGACGAGGAGUGUGAACGUCGAAUGAAUGAGGAGUACAAGAACAACGAGUGUUACUAUCUCAUGUCAUUCGACCAAAACAUGAUUAUUGACGCAACCACCGGUAGUAUCGCGCGGUUCGUCAAUCAUUCAUGCUCCCCUAAUUGUCGCAUGAUCAAAUGGAUCGUCUCUGGGCAGCCGAGAAUGGCGCUUUUUGCGGGUGACCGCCCCAUUCAAACCGGCGAGGAGCUAACGUACGACUACAACUUUGACCCCUUCUCCGCUAAGAACGUGCAGAAGUGUUUGUGCGGUGCGCCCAACUGUCGAGGUGUCCUUGGGCCCAAACCUAAGGAAGUGAAGCCGCCCAAGCCUCCGAAGGCAGAGGUCAAGGGCAAGAAAAAGGUUGGUAAAAGGAAGCUCCAAGAGCUCCUAGCCAACGGGAUAGAGAAUGUUGUAGAGGGCGAGGGGAGGUCACCCAAGAAAUUGAAGGUGGGUAACGCCCAAGCCGGCAAAGCGACCGAAGAUACAGCAAAGGGAGCUCCAACAUUCGUGUCGCGAAAGGUUUCCAAGGUGUCUGUCAGCGCCAAGUCCAAGGUCGCUUCGGCGAAGACCACCAAGACGUUCACUCGGAAAGUCAGCAUUGCGACGACGAGAGUUGUCAAAUCUUAUUCCAAGAAGGGCGCCGCCGCGAAGAGCAAGACGAUCACGCUGAAAGCUCCGUCAAAGGGUUCCAGCUUGACCAUAGUCGCAGCUGAUGCAGCCGGCUCUAUCACAGCGGCAGAAACGGCGGGGGCUGAAGAGGAGGCAGGAAACAAAGCUUCCAAGACAGCCAGGGUAACUCCCAAGAAUACGCCCAGGGCAAAGAAGAUGGCGGACGCUGUCCAAAACACUCCUACUAUUGCAGAGGGAGACGACGGCUCGAUUUUUGAUGUACCAUCAUCUUCUUCUGCAAGGAAACGCGCCCCCUCUUGGAAAGUGCGGGACUCGGGCGUAAAAAACGUAUCAUCCCUCUUCAGAAAAGCCAGGAAAUCACCUGUCAAGAUCAAGGAUACUGCCGAUCCGGCGGCCAAGUCUACGGCAGCCACCACCAAGAUCGUGAAACCGCGCAAGGCUUUCACGAAGGGGAAGGUCACAAGACCGGGCAAGGCGAUGCCAAAGCUGACCGUUGCUAAGAAGACGGGCAAGUCCGUGGCUAAGCCUGCGAUAUCAAAGUCUGGCAAGGGAUCUGUCAGCACUAAGGGUGCGACCAAGAUUCGCCUCGUUAAUAAGGCGGCUGAUGGCCAGGAUGAAAAUGCCGCUCCGGAAUUGGUCGUGUAAAGGGAAUUAGGCUGGGCGGUUCGUAUACUGUUCUUUGAUCGGGAUGUGUUGUAACGGGCACUCGGUGUCAUUGGAGGACAGCGUGUAAGAUUCAGAGACAUUUCAGGCUUUGGGGAGUGUGGCUAAAGAUACAGGAGUUGUGAGUUUGGCUUGGUUACUUGGCUCUGAUGUCCUUUUUGUGGUAUCUUGAGGACGUGUGGUGUCUUUUCGUCCUUGUAGUCAUAAAACGGGCGUUUGGCUUUUACAUGAUUCGUUCAUCUUUUCUUCCCCUUCUCCUCCUGGCGUCACUUGGUUGCUUGUAGUUUCUAGCUCCCUCAUUCAGGCUGAGAGGUGUUGGUUUGCAUCUUGAAAAUACAAUGAGCUGGAAUUCACGCUGGCUGGGAAGGAAGAAGCGGGCUCAUUAUUGGUUCGAGAAUUCUUACAACAACCUAGCAUGAGGAACCAACUCAGGCAGAAAUCAACAGUGGGUUCUCUUGAUGCCAAGGACGUUCCGCCAGUCUGCCUUUCUUUGGAAAAUGAUGAUCAUGUUGUACCUACACUUGUGCUGUUCAAAGGGUAUGGUACGUGCCAUGACGUCGAUCUCCCG